AAUUUACACCUUCGGAUAUGCAUAAAUCGAAGAAACGUGCAAUGUUGCUUUCGUUGCCAGUUUGAUAGGAACGAGACAGAAAAAAACAAUAUCUUUGGUCCUCAAUUGUGUGCGUCAUUCCUUCCAUUACGGUUUACGCGAGGCCGCGUUUCCAUUCUAGCUGUCUUUUUAUGCCUUUUGGUUCAAUGUGACAGCAGGUAGCAGCCGAUAUGAUACUGCUUAAACAAAGUUUCAUUUUUCUCAUUUAUUUAACCGCAUUAUGGACGAGUUCCAUCGCUCAGGAUAUUUUAGGAUGCGGUGGUUUCCUAAAGAGUCACGCAGAUAUAGACUUCACAAAAGUGCACGUAAAACUGUAUACGAAGACUGGUAGUUUAAAAGAUCAGACCGAGUGUGCGCCGAACACCGGCUAUUAUUUUCUACCUCUAUAUGAUAAGGGUGAAUACAUAUUAAAGGUAGAACCUCCCAGAGGUUGGAGUUUUGAACCUACAGAGGUAGGAUUAAAUGUGGAUGGUGUUACGGAUGAUUGCAGUCAGGGAAAAGAUAUUAACUUCACAUUUAAAGGAUUUGGUAUCACAGGACACGUUAUUAGUUUGGGUACUAACUCUGGCCCUAAGGGAGUUACUAUUUCUUUAUAUACAGAUAGCAAUAAACAAGUCCCUGUUAGAUCAACGGUAACAACAGAAGAUGGCAUAUUUUAUUUUACUCCCAUUCAACCUGGAAAGUACAUUCUUGUUGCAUCUCAUGCCAAGUGGAUAAUAAAAAAUAAUAAAGUUGAAGUAACUGUACAAGAAGGAAAUACAGAACUGGCAGAAAACAGUUUGAUAGUAUCAGGAUACGAUGUCAAUGGCAAAGUCACUAGUGAAAAUGAACCAGUGAUUGGAGUAUCUUUUAUUCUUUUCGGCAAUGGUGUUGCGGAAAAAUGUGAAACUACUCAUGUAACUAAGGAUUUUGAAUCCAAAAGACCACUUUGUCACGUAACUUCGGACGAUAGUGGUAGAUUUAUAUUUCCCAGUUUGUCUCCUGGCGAUUAUAAGCUUAUACCUCAUUACGCCGGUGCCCAGACAAAGUUCGACGUUCAACCGCCGGAAUUGUCUUUCAAAGUUAGUCAUGGCAGUGUGACUCUCGCUCAAGAUUUUAAGGUAACCGGUUUCACGGUCGACGGUCUUGUUCGUAGCUCUACGAACGGGAAUCCCUUACCGGGAGCGAAGAUAUUCUUGUCGCAGAAAGAAAUCGCAGUCACAGAUAAAAAUGGGAAAUAUGUAUUAGAUAAUAUGAAAACUGGCCAGUAUACACUCAGAGCAGAGUCUGCAAAUGUACAAUUCAGCGAGAAGACGGUGAAAAUAUCUCCCAGCUCACCAAAACUUCCGGUGCUGGUACCCUCGGCGUAUAAAGUUUCGGGAAAGGUGACCCUGUCGGCGAAAGGAACAUUGCAUUUCCGUAAAUUGUCCAUUCAGAAUACAGCUGCCACGUUCUACAAGGAGUUGGACACCGAUGAGAAAACGGGAGAGUACUCUGUGUAUCUUGCGCCGGAUAAAUAUCAGCUGAGUGUAAUUGUGAGCACGGAAGAGAAAACUAAAGGCUUACAAUUCUAUCCGCUGCAACAAACAAUUGAUGUAACAUCUCAACCAAUUACCAAUGUCAACUUCUUACAAUUGAAGGCCACAUUAACAGGAACGGUAAAUUGUUUGUCAGGAACAGAUUGCAGCCAAGCCUCUGUCACCUUAAAAAUACUCGACGGAGUUACGAUAAAAACGGUACAAGCUAAAGUUGUUUUCCAUUCCGCAGAUGGCCAAUACAAGUUCACGGACGUGUUACCCGGCCAUUACGAAGUGUUGAUAGAUAACGACGUGUUCUGCUGGGAGAAUCCCAGUUACAGAAUCUCGAUAACGUCGGAACGCGCAGAAGUACCGCCGUUUAAACAAACUGGCUUCUCCAUCACUUUCAUAUCGUCUCACGAUACAGCUGUGGAGUAUUCUGAGCCCAAUAACACGAAACGGAUAACUCUACCAUUGAGCAAAGGCAGCACGAGGCAUUGUGUGCCCAAGUCUGGAGCGUACACUUUUAUACCAAAAAGUUGCCAUGUGUACGAUAAGUCCUCUUACAGUUGGGACACGAGCAAUCUUUCCCCGAUCUUGCUUCAUUCCACGGAACACACUCACAAAGGCAAUAUUAUAAGCUCAAGCGCGCAAAGCGAUCUCAGAGUGAAAAUCGAAGACACAAACGAUAGCGUCACAAUUAGUCCGUUAAAACACGUAAAGAUGGACAAUGGAUACAAAUACGAGUUCGAGUUUAAGGCAAAGACUGAUAAUGUGUACACCAUCACUCCUCUGUCAGAUAUUCUAUUGUUCAACCCACAAUCUCUGAAAGUCUUUGGCGUAAAUGACUGUCACAAUGAUAUUGCAAGUUUUGUUGGUGAUUUAGGAAAGAUUAUAGCUGGACAAAUCUCUCCACCAUUGGAAGAUGUGACUAUACAAAUAUUUGGGAAAGAUAAAGAGUCUCCAAUUCACACGUUAAUUACACAGAAAGACGGUACUUACAGUAUUGGGCCUUUGGAUGGAAAAAUCGCAUACAGUGUUACAGCUGAAAAGGAGGGUUUUGUGAUCACUGGACCUGACGCUAAAGGCGUAUUCUUAGCGCACAAAUUAGCUGAAAUUAUCGUGCAAGUUUCCGAUAUCGCUGACAGCUCCUCGCUGCAGGGUGUGCUACUUUCCUUGUCCGGCGGUCAAAGUUAUCGCAAGAACAGUAUAACUAACGAGGAUGGAAAAUUCGUAUUCAAUUCAUUGUCUCCGGGCGAGUAUUAUCUUCGGCCCAUGAUGAAAGAAUACCGUUUCGACCCAUCUUCGAAGAUGAUCAACGUCAUGGAGGGGGCGACUGUCAAAGUGAAUCUGUUUGGUAACAGAGUUGCCUAUAGCGCUUACGGUUCUGUAACGUCUUUGAACGGAGAACCGGAAGUGGGCUUACUGGUCGAGGUUCAGGGUCAAACAAAUUGCUCGAAUCUUCAAGAAGAAGCUACGACCGAGGAAAAUGGCAACUUUAGAAUCCGCGGUCUCCAGCCCACGUGCACCUACGCCUUCCGCCUGAAGCCGGAUGUGGAAAGCAAUGCUCAUAUACAACGCACGAGUCCAAGUUCUCAAUUGGUGCAACCAAUCGAGGACAUUCACGGCCUGCGGUUGAUCGCCUUUCAUCCGAUUUCGCGUACAGACGUCUCGGUGCACAUCACGUCCAGUCAACCGGAACAUUACCGCACCAUCAAGAUAAAGCUGUGCCGCGAGGAUGCUCCCGACUCGCCGGUGCACAUCUCGAAACUGGAUGCGCAGCAAUCCGCUAGCAAAAAUUCCGGGCACUACAACGCCGGUUUCUUGGUGCAUUUCCCGCCGUUGCAAGCCGACGGCAGGAAAUACUUCGUGCAACUGGAGUCUUCGCUUUCCCAAGCCGUGCAUAAGUACCGAACCGUUCCGGUUUACUUCGAGGCCAACUCGUCGUUCAAGUACGUCAAGCUGAUGUUUAAUGCGGAGCGAAAAGUCGAUCAGAGUGAUAUGAAUCAGACGUCAGUGGUCGCAUUGCCAUUUAUCAUAUUAGUCGCGCUAGCGUUCGUCAAUCGCGAGAAACUUUGGACCUUGCUGAACGCGCUGCUCGAGAGACGCUCUAAGCCCACACUGAGUUCUAGGACACCGGUUCAAGCCAUUCCCAUCGAUCCUAGAGCGGACGAUAUCAUAGUCGAACAAAUAAUGAAUAUCAACAAGCGGAAGACGAAGCCGCGAAAGACGUAAACCGCGUUUACUAUUAUUUCAAGUUAUUUAUUAUACUUUUAUUGUUUUAUAAAAAAUAUAUAAAAGAUAUAAUGAAUCGAUACAACGUGUAACACAUAAUUCUAAUACAUUUCAAAAUUUUUGUCAGAUGAAAUUUAGGCGUUUGAUGAGAAUGGAAUAUUUGUCAAAUUUGCGUCUGCAGCUAGAUUAUCCCAUAUUGAAUUUGAAAAUGUUGAUGAGAAAUUUGAAUUUAGUUUUAAAAAAUCUUGAAUGCUCUGUUUUGUGAAAAUCUUACAGAUGGAAACCACUUUUUCUGGAAUGACGCAUAGACUGCGAUUAUCAUGUCAGUUUUUAAAUGAUGUAUAUAUCCAUCAUUACACUUAAAGAAUUAAAAAACUUUCGACAUAAUAUUUUAAGAUAAAUAUUAGAAUGCAUAAUGCAUCAAGUCGAACUUGCACUGCAUUAUCAGAUAUGUAAAUCGUUAAAUUGUGUGAUAUAACACAAUAUUAAACGCAAUGGAUACAUACGAAAAUUACUAUUAUAUCAAAUCAUGUACAAAGAUGUUAUUAAAUGUUUUUACU